GCUUCCACCUUUUCCUCCAAAAUAUGCAAAACGAAAGCUUUGAAACUGAAUUCGUCCUCUUGGGUCUUUCAUGGAACCCAAGUGUUCAAAAAAUAGAAUUUGUUGUAUUUUUUGUUUUGCUGCAUGGCAACUGUUGGGGGCAAUUUGCUAGUUGUGGUGACCAUUGUCAGCAGCCCGAAACUCCUGGGAUCCCCCAUGUACUUCUUUCUGGCCUUCCUGUCCUUCCUGGAUGCCUGCUAUUCCUCUGCAUUUGCACCAAAGAUGAUUGCGGACUCCCUCUAUGAGAAGAAAACCAUCUCCUUCAAGGGCUGUAUGACCCAGCUCUUUGCUGAGCACUUCUUUCCUGGAGUGGAGGUGAUUAUCCUCACCGCCAUGGCCUAUGACCGCUAUGUGACCAUUUGCAAGCCAUCGCACUACUCCUCUAUCAUGAACUGGAGGCUCUGUGGUAUCCUGAUGGGGGUAGCCUGGACAGGGGGCUUUCUGCAUUCUGUGAUACAAAUUCUCUUUACUUUCCAGCUGCCCUUCUGUGGCCCCAAUGUUAUCGAUCUCUUUCUAUGUGAUUUGUACCCAUUAUUGAAGCUUGCCUGCACUGACACUCACAUCUUUGGCCUUUCUGUGGUUGCCAAUGGUGGGUUUAUCUGCACCAUAAUCUUCUCCUUGUUGCUCAUCUCCUAUGGUGUCAUCUUGCUCUCGCUAAGAACUCAUAGCUCUGAAGGACGGCUGAAAGCUCUCUCCACCUGUGGAUCUCACAUUGCUGUCGUGGUUUUAUUCUUUGUCCCAUGCAUAAUUGUGUAUGCCCGACCUCCAUCUGCUUUCUCCUUCGACAAGAUGGUGGCCAUAGUUUGCACACAUUCAUAACUCCCUUGCUCAAUCCUUUGAUUUAUACUUU